CCGGCGGUCCCGACGCAGCCCAUCAUGCCCACGCCGAGGCCGUGGCCAGUGGCCUUCACGCCUACUAUAAAGCCAGUGGUCGAAGUGAAGAGUGUUACUCAACCAAGGAGAAAGAAGCAGUGUAAUUGCAGAAACUCACAUUGUCUUAAGCUGUACUGUGAGUGUUUUGCAGCAGGCCUUUAUUGUGAUGGCUGCAAUUGUAAACAGUGUGGAAACACAGUCGAGAAUGAAAACGCUAGGCAGGAGGCUAUUAACAGUACUAAGCAACGGAACCCGAAGGCAUUUCAACCUAAGAUCGAAAAUGUUACAACUACUCCUAGUGUUCGAAAGGAUGCUGGAGCACCUUCACUUCCAAAACACAAUAAAGGUUGUGCCUGCAAAAAGUCAGGGUGUCUCAAGAAGUACUGUGAAUGCUAUCAAGCAAAUAUCCUUUGUUCCAAGAAUUGUAAAUGUAUGGAUUGCAAGAACUUCGAAGGAAGUGAAGAGCUAAAGGCUAUAAUUGAAGGGGAAAAUGCAUCUGACCGAAACAAUAUUCAACAAGCAGCUAACGGGACUCUGAAUGGUGCCACUGGAUCCUCUGGGUGUAAGUAUUCACCAGUACGUAGAAAAAGGCACCCAGAUGAUCCCUUUGGUCCAGAGGUGGCUAACCACAUGGAUGUUUCACAAGUUUCUUCUUCUACUGGACUUGAAGGCGGUAUUUGUCAUCCGAGUAAAUCUAAGAUGGUCUAUAAGUCUCCGCUAGCGAACACUGUCCAUCCUACAGAUGUGAAUGAUCUUGCCAAUCGUUUGGUGAUUGUAUGCAGAAAGGCAACGGAAGCAUUCCUCACAAUUGCUGAUAACAAAGUCCAGAUGGAAGUAGAGAAUGGAAUUUACACAAAUGCUGACCUAAAGACUGAUAAGUUCAAGAGUCAGGAAGUUCAGAAAGCUGUUGUUCGUCAACCUGAUGUCACGACCUGUAUAGAGCAGCGGAAUGGUGGUGACUUUGAAUCAUCCUGCGCUAACACCCAAGAGGAUUCUAGACCUGUCUCUCCAGGAACACAGGCGCUUAUGUGUUAUGAGCAGGGCACCACAUUUGGAACAGAUUAUAUAAAUUCUUUUCCAGUGGCACUGCAUGAUCAGGACACUCCAGAAUUAGAUACUCUUCAAGAAAAGACAGUGUUGAUAGAGACUCGAGACUACCUUCGGCUACUCAUCACACGUGGAAACAUAAACGUUAGUAACUCCACUGGGAUUAGAGAAGCUAACACAUCGUCCGAGUCGGCUAUGGAGCUGGACGCGUGAAGAAAUAACAGAGUAACCACCAGUUUAGAUCCACCAAAAGCUCUUGGCCACUCCGAAAAUCUGAGAACAUGCGGACCCUCCGCAUCACAUAGCUGAUCAGAAGACUAGGCAUGACUUGUUAAAGUAGAUUUACACACGGAAUCUGUAAUAACAAAAGCCCAUUUAUGUGUAUAUAAAUAUAUAUGAAUAGUAUAGUCUCUGUUGCCAUUUUCUGGCAACCGGCCAUGUAGCAUCAGUCAUUUAUGAGGUGUAAAGUAGGCAACAGUGCCCCUUCUGAUUAUGUAAAUAAUUUGAUCAAUAAUGAUUUUUCUUUACAUCCUUUUUA